AUGGCGAGGCGGCUGCUGCCGCUGUUGCUUGUGGCAGCGGCUCUGGCACCAGAUGCAGCGGGCGACAUGCUGCGCAUGGCAGCGCCUGGGGGUCACCACUCGGAGCAGGGACGUCUCCAGGCCCGCCGCGGGCCCCGCAAGCAGCUGCUGGACUUUGAGCCGAUGGUUGGGGCUGCGGUGCCUGGCGGCACCUACAUUCCCAAGGGCGGCCAGGGCUCUUGGGAGUCGGGCGGCGGCACCGGCAUCAUUAUGAUCCACGCCAACCUGAUGAAGGCGGGGGAGGUGGUGGGCUGGUCGUCGCGCAACCAGGGCCUGCAGGAGUAUGGCAGCGCGGUGUAUGACCCCGCCACCCGCACCUACGAGCAGCUGCUGGACGAGUGUGGCAUCCACGACUGCAAGAACAGCUUUUGCGGGGCCCAGACCACCACAGCCAUGAGCGAGGUGCUGAUCUUUGGGGGCCACGCUGAGGACAUCAACUGGUUCCGCUCCUACAACCACGGCACCGGCAGCCUGUGGAGCACCAAAAUGAACUCAGGGCGCUGGUACCCCGGCGUGGCCACGCUGGGCGACGGCAAGGUGCUGGUGGUGGGGGGAGUGGCGGACAGCGGCAAGGCUGGGUACUAUGUGGAGGGGGAGACUGAGUACGACAACCCAAGCUACGAGGUGUACGACCCCGCCACCAAGUCGUUUGACGGCGACCAUUGGGAGAUGUCUGACCAGCUGUCGGCCGCCUUCCCCAUCCACACCUACCCGCACGUGUUGGUGGCGCCAGACGGCGGCGUGGUCGUGUCGGCGGGCAAGCUGCUGGUCAAGUACAGCCGCUCCGGGCCCUCCACCUUCCAAAAGGAGUUCUCGUACGCCUCCCGACCCGGCCACCCCUGGUCCUACCCGCAGACGGGUGAGCCCCGGCGCCGCGGCCGUGGCGGCAGGCAGGGCGUGCUGCUGCCCAUCCUCCCCCCCUACUACAAGCUCUUCUUCCUGGGUGCGAUCGGCUCCGCCGACGACCGUGCCGACUACAGCACACCCGCAUCCAAGGCCGCCGAAAUCAUCGAGCUCACUGCCGGCCCCGAGGCCACCUGGGAGUCUGUGGGGCCCAUGCCGUACGGGCGUGUCAUGGGGGAUGCCGUCAUCCUGUGCGACGGCACCAUCGGCUUCUUCGGAGGCUCCCAAGUGGGCGUCGCGGGCUGGAGCAAGGAGUCGCGGGACGUGGAGUUCAGGGACGGCACCAGCUGGUGGUGCGAGGAGCGGUGCAGCAAGGGGGAGGAGUCGGAGGCGAUCUACGAGCCCUCCAUCUUCAACCCCGCCACAGCAUCUCCAUCCUCCUCCCUGACUGCAAGGCACGUCAUGCUGGCUGGCUCCGAUGUGACCAACGACCAGACAGCAGAGAUCUACUCACCUCCCUACCUCAGCAAGGGCCCCCAGCCCGUCAUCACCGACGCCCCCUCCUUUGUGCCAGCGGGGAGCGAGGCCACCGUGGCCUACACCUCCGCCAGCCCAGUCAUCCGCGCCCUGCUCAUCCGCAACGGAGCCACCACACACUCCAUGAACUUUGAUGCCCGUGCCCUGUGGCUCAACAUCGCCUCCAACGUGGUCGCUCCAGGCGGCGGCACGCUCAACGUUGCGAUCCCAGGAAACCGCAACAUCCUGCCCCCUGGCAUGUACAUGCUGGUCAUCAUCUCCGACCAAGGCGUGCCCUCCGCUUCUAAGAUUAUCUCCAUUCCCUAG